AUGCUCGUCAACAAGAAGCUCGACCGCUUCAAGCAAUGGGCGGGAGAGAAGAUGGGUGGGGAGGUCAAGACGGGCGUCUCCGACGACUUCAAAGCCCUCGAGACUGAGAUGAACCUCCGCCAUGAGGGUAUGGACCGCAUGCAGAGGUCUAUGACCGUUUACGUGAAGUCGCUCUCUGAGCGCGCCCAGGGCACCGACCGCGAGAAGAUGCUGCCGGGCGGCCACCUUGGCUCCUCCAUGGUCUCCCAUAGCGAGGACUUUGAACCCGACUCGGAAUUUGGCAACUGCCUUUCCUCGCUUGGACGAGCGAACGAGCGCCUGGCGCGUGUACAGGAGACGUAUGUGCAGGGCGCCACUUCUACAUGGUUGGAGGGCUUGGACCGUUCCUUGGCUCAAAUGAAAGAGUAUCAGAAUGCUCGCAAGAAGCUCGAACAACGCCGACUAAACUAUGACACAUCCCUCGCAAAGAUGCAAAAGGCGAAGAAGGAGGACUUCAGGGUCGAGGAGGAGCUCCGCGCACAGAAGGCCAAAUAUGAGGAGUCGAGCGAGGACGUUUACAGGCGGAUGCAGGACAUCAAGGAGUCAGAAGUCGAGAUGGUUCAGGAUCUCACUGCAUUCCUCGAGGCCGAGCUUACGUACUACGACCGUUGCCGCGAGAUCCUAUUGAACGUCAAGCGCGAGUGGCCAAUUCAGGACACUGGCUUGAACCGCUCACGCUCGCGAUCACACUCGACCGCCCAUGGCUACGCUGAGCGUUACAACCCACGCGAGGAAGAGCCGGAACCAGAGGCACCGCGUAUUACUAUUCCUAAGCUCGCCUCCCGCAAUCUCUCGCCGCACGGCAACCCUUCGCCCGUCACCCGCCCCACAUAUAGCCGUCAAACGACCUUCGAUAGCCCAACCCGCUCCGUGCGUGACGAUUCACCCGCCCGGAACCGACUUUCCCGCGUCCCGACCGAACCGACCGCAAUGUUGGCCGGUCGCAGUAACUUGCGUCCAGUGCGACAAACCAACACUUUUGCAGAUGAAUACGAAGACGAUUACGCCAACGCCAGCGCCAACGGACACCAUCAACCAUAUAGACGAGACAGAUCGCCACCCAGCCCCACGACUAGCAGCCAGGGCAGUGUCAUGUCUCGCGCCGCAUCUUGGUCGAACCACGAUCUGCCCCUCGCGGGCAAGAAAGCUCCCCCACCGCCGCCGCCAUCGAGGGCUAAAAAGCCGCCGCCACCUCCCCCGCCGAUGAAGCGAAGUGCGUUGAGCUCCUCUGAGGUCUCGCAUUAUUAG